AUAUCGAUAACAAGAUCGAAAGCUUCGGGGUUAGAGGAUUUCUGUUUCGUUUCAGUUGACUUUUAUUCCAAAUGCAUAGAAGUAAUCUCCUUAAAUCCCUAUUCCUGAUGAUGAUGGACACUUGUGUGAGCUCUUCCUGUGCCUGUGCCGCCAGUUCCAGCUCCGUGAGCCCUGAAUUUGAGCAGAAAAUAUGGCAAGAACUGCGCCAUUUAAAGAAACCGGACCCCCCGGUGGAUUUGAAAAAGUUUAAGGGCGUAUCUGAGAAUUUCCCCCACAAGUUUCCUAUUGAUUCGUGCCGGGUCAAGUCCCAACCGGCGGCUAGAGAGGAUGCAAUCAGGAAGCAAAUCGCAUCCUCCUAUCCGGUGAUUCACGAAAGUACUCUCCAGCUGUACAUCAAGUUCCUGAAGCACAAGCUCAAGUUUGGCUCUAAAACGGAGCGCCAGCUCUACAAGAACAUGACUCUCACCGCCUUCGUCCAACGGCUGGUGGCCAAGAGAUGUGUCUGGUUCUACGGCGACAGCGACGACCACUGCACCAUGGAGGGCCAGCAAGGCAUUGGCGGAUUCGAGAAGGUGGGCACCGGGGAGGAACUGCCCGGACUAACCCUGAACUCGGUGCUCAGCUAUGACGAGAUCAAGCUGGCCGCCCUGCUCUACUUCACCACCCACUCGGAGUUCAUCAACAACGGCUCGAAGGGCAAUGCCGGCAUGGUGCCUUUGGACAAAAGUACGAUCGAGCCGGAGGGCGUCAUCGUGGGGAUCAUUGGAGCUCGGUUCGAGCGUCCCAACGUGAUGGAGUUCCAGGACAUCAAGAUCACCAAAGACCAGAACACCUUAGCCCGAGGAUAUGGUGACCAGAAUGCAACCACCGGACAGGCGGAUCUCCGUCGGAUUUGGCGGGAAUUCUACGGAGAGCCGAAGGACUUCAUCUUCGACCACUUCCAGGGGCAUCUGGCUGAGCCGCAGCGCUUCGAGAGCGUCAACGGGGGCUACUUCGAUCACCAGGUGAUGCGGAAGCGGUACAGGAACACCUUUGAGACCCUGCUCCUGGAGGCGCAGGACAGAGCCGUUCGGGCGGGGAAACUGGCCUACGUCCAUGUGGUGCCCAUCGGCCUGGGUGUUUGGAAGGCGGCCAAUCACCAGGAACUCACCUUCUUCGAGGCCUUCCAGGAGUCCCUGGAUGGGCUGGGCGAGCGCCUUCACCACGUCGGCGUGGUGCACUUCUCCUGGUUCCACCUCGACCGGGUGGGCAGCCUCUAUGACGGUGCUCUCCUGCGCUUCCCGCAGCAUCCUCAGGGCGGCAUCAAGAUCAAGAUCUCGAAUCGGGAAGCCCACAGCAAGCUGCCGGAGGACAUGCUGCUGGUGGUCACCUAUGCCUGGGAUGGGAACGCCUUGCCGGGCAACGAAUUCUGGGAUGGUGUCUUGGUCAGCACUUCGGAUCCCGCCGCCGCCUGUUCCACCUUGAUCACGGAGCUCCAGAAUCCUCACAUCAAUAGGGAGUACAUGAAUGCCUCGAAUCUCCACAUUGCCUCCUUGGAGCACGGAUUGGUCCACGUUGGGGACUAUGCCAGGCUUCUGGGUGGAGGUCAGGAGUGAAGACUUAUAAUAUUUGCCAUUUUUGAUACAAUUUUAAAUUUUGUAUAUCUUAUACAGUCUUUUUUGGUGAUAUGUUUUUAAAAUGUAUAUAAUUAUUAAUACAAUUUAUAUAAUAAAUAAAAUAAAAUAUUCAAAUAA